AUGUACAACAAAAUCGCUCAUGUCGUGGAUUGCUUCAACGUGCUCCCGAAUGAAUUGCUCGUACAAAUUCUCCUCCGGGCGGGCGACAUAGAACCUUCCACAGUGGAGCAAGAGUACCUUUUCGACAAAUGGCCGUUGACUCUCAGGGAAGUCUGCCGCCGCUGGAGGGAUAUUCUGGACAGUUGCCCCAAGUUUUGGGCUACUCUACUCGGCGUCGCGGCGGACGACGAAGCGUGGACCGCGAUGUUCGAAAGGGCGGGGAAUGCUCCUAUCUUCAUCAAUACCAUGAACAGAGUAUCGCUAGCAGCACAAGCGGCUGAGAUCGCCCGCGCUGGUCGGGUCCACGUAUCGAGAGACGAUGGAACCACGAGCUGGAACGACGUCCUAUCUCGCGCGGGCUCUCUUCCCAACCUCUCGGCCCUGCGUCUCGACAGAGCGCUUGCUGUGCGCUCCAACUCUACACCGCUCCAACUACGAGCCCCAAAUCUACUAUCUCUGGCCCUGGAUUGUGAAGGCGUUAUCGUAGCGCCUGCCCUGGACUCGAUAGAGUUCCUAUCCAUAUCACCAACGUUCCCGUCAUUCUUCCGCUCCGUCAUCGAAUCUUGCGGUGUACUCCGGGACGUCUCAAUUACGGCACGCGCCUGCGGGAAUUUCCGACUUUGGCAGGAAGUCUUCGUAGCACUCGACAGCACGCGUAUAACGUCUCUCACAGUGGCCCUGGCUGCGGUGAACGCCUUCUCGUCUCCGCCCGCUAUUUCUAUGGCCAGUCUCUUGCGCCUGAAGACAAACGUGCCAACCCCCAUAAUAUCCCCGUCCCUGUCCGAGCUCUUUGUCGACUGCGAUCUCAGUGAGAUGGCUUCUAUGUUAUGUGCACUACCCUCUAUUCGCAAGCUCGUCAUAGGAAAAUACGCGUACUGCCGGACAGGCCGAUUUUCAUUUCGAGACAACCGCAUUCCUGUCGUCAUUCUGCCUUACUGUGACAACAUCGUCUAUCAACCCCCGGCCACUCAAUACUUGACAGAGCUUCUGUCUAUUCUUCACGUGCCAAGACUUUCGAGGCUUCACCUCAAUGUCGAUUUGAGCGUUUUGUGGGGCGGUCACAGGGUCGAGUUCUAUGGGCGCGAAGAUUUCCCAGAAAACCCGGUUUCUACGACGAGGCCGACAUGGUCGAAUCGUCUGACUGAAUCGAUGGAAAUUUUAUCACCUCAUCUUGAAGACCUCUUUUUCAACGCAGUUACGCUCCGCAUACACGCGGCUCAGUCACGAUCCGGUCGAACGGUCGUCGAGUUUUCUGCUCGGGCCUCCUCUUCCACAAGCGAACAGGACUGCGCUGUUGUUAUGGAGGUCUCCGCCGAUCUCCUUACGUCGUCAGGCAGCAGGCAGGAUUACAAGUCACCGUUCUCGCCCAUCCUUUCCGCGUUCUGCUGGUCGUCCGUCACGACGAUCGAGCUGUCGUACCCCGAUGCUGUCUCUGGCCCGGACUACUGGCGUGAAGAUCCCGACCUCAUGUUUGGGGCCAUAGAAAACACCGGUAGACUGGCACAAGAUUUACUGAGGCGCACCAAGUCGCUCGAGACCCUCGUAAUCUGUGUCGUUGACAUAAUGGAGGAGGAAGGGAUACCCCUCUUGCGCUACAUGGUCGCUGACGGCCAGGCCAAUAUUCUGGUCCAUCUUCGCGAAAUAAGAUUGGUGGUCCGAAGUCCUGUCGGAGAGCGUGAUUGCGGUGAUUCGAGGUGGUGGACGGAUGUCAGGGCUUUUAUCACCGAGCGUAGGAUCACAUGCGGAUGUGCCGAAUGUUUGCCACUGCGUAUCGUCUUUGACGGCGCCGUUUUCUAUCCCGAUACGCUUGGACUUAGGGUACAGGAAUUGGCUGGUCUGGGAUGUGUAGUACAGUGCUUUUGA